AUGUCAGGUGCUCGAGAUGGAGCGGGAUCCCGUGAGCAAGCAAACGAUGAGGACUAUAUGUCCGACGUACUCGAGAUGAUGAAGGAAGACGAAGAAGAGCUACGAGAGCGGCAGCAGCGCGACCCAGAACCACGUAUGUUCGAAGCUCCUCAACAACCGCCAGAAGAAGACACAGCGCAACCCGGACCGAGACGGAGCAGGAAUGGAGAUGAAGCAGUAGCGGGGCAGCCGCCCGAGAAAAGAAGCCGCCAACAAGCAGAAGAUGAGCAAGAAGACGAAGGAAACGAUUGA